ACAAUAUUUGCGAUAUAUAAAACACAGAUUCUCCAUAUAUUCGCAAAAGAUUCGCUUUGUUUUUAAAAAUCAGUUUUAUCAAACGACUCGUUAUGAACAGGUCGUUCAAUGUGAUAUUUUUCGGUUGUUUACCACUCAAUUUGAUAGUUUGAUGUUUUCAUUAGCACUCGGAAUAAUAAUCGUAACACACGGCCAAACGUUUUAUCAGUUUUAUCUUAAGUAAAAAUUAAAUUCUGUAUCGUAACCACAUCUUCCUGAGAGCAAAUCAAAUGAUAACAUGGGUGAAAUACUGGCACUUGUAAAAUAUGUUGGACCAAAAUUGAUAUCGUUCAUCGUAGCUGUGAUCAUCUACUUCCUAUUGAUUGCAUUUGAGCACAACAAUCUGGUAUGGACAACUAUUGUAAAGUGUGCACCAAUUAUAUGCUUGAUGAUAUUUGUGCUUCUUUAUGGCCUGCGUUUUGAAAGGGAGUACAUUUAUUCGCAUAAAAUAUUCAUGGGUCUGAUAUUUUCCUGUUUCGGUGAUGCUUUACUGAACGUAGACCUAUUUGCAUUCGGAAUGGUAAUGUUCGGAGUGGCUCAGGUUGUCUACGCAUCAGCGUUCGGCUGGAAACCAUUGAAGUUAUGGAUUGGUUUGGUUCUGUAUAUUUUCGGAGCGAUCGCAAUUUUAUUCCUGUACAAAAAUAUCGACAGCACGGUACUGCUAAUUGGUUUACCUGUUUAUGGUGUUCUGCUCCUAACGAUGUGCUGGAGAGCCAUAGUCCGUUUCGGGAAUGUUAGAGACUUACGAACGUCUUCCAUGAUCAACAAUGUCUGUGCGAUUGCGAGCGUACUGUUUGUUUUUUCUGAUGCUGUGAUUGCAUUUGAUAAAUUCUAUUCGCCUAUAUCGUACAGAACUUUUCUGGUGAUGUCAACGUAUUACUUUGCUCAAUUCGGAAUAACUUUAAGUAUUAUCCCAUCCAGGGCCACAGUCGAAAAAUUCAAAUCGAUACAUACACAAACCGACACAAAUGACUAUUCCCACAAUGUGAUCGAAAAUUUGGAUUUGCCGGGACAAUUUGCUGUACGCCAAAGAAAAUUUAGUGAUAUUUAAGAAAAGUGAUAGUUUACGCUGUAAUAUUAAAUUAAAUUUCGUUGUAAUAUGGUGGAUGUGUUUGACAAAAAGUAUAUAAUCUUGGUGAUAUUGAUUUCAACAUGUGUGAACAGUGCGACUGCACGAAAUGUAUAGUGUAUUAGUCGUAGGUAAUUGUUCCAUUAAUUUAAAUGCAAUUAAAGUAAAAGUAGAACUUUGACAG